AUGGAUCCUUUGACGGCGUUUUCCGUCUUCUGCAACAUCAUCACUACCGUGGAAGCGGCCGUCAAGACGGGGAAAGAGCUGAAGCAGCUGUACGAUGCGACGAGCGGGCUCACUGGCAAUCACGAGCGCGUCGAGCGCAGCGCAGCACAGCUGAGGAAGAUUGCGGGCGAACUGGACACCGCCCGCCGCACGCUUCCUUCGGGCUCUCAGCAACAGCCGCUCUUUGUCGACAUCGCAAAGGAGUGCAAAGAUGUUACCGACAAGAUUGACGCCAUUCUGGUGGAGUGCCGAGUCGACGACCGUGGGCCGAAGUUGGUCGCCGUCUUCAAAGCCACUGUUCGUACUCGAAGGAGGAAGUCGGAGCUUGACAGGCUGCUCUCAGAGAUGGAAUCAACAGCCAAAAGACUGGAGCUUUCGAUAGCAGUAGCCAGUCAGGCCGAUCUGGAAACGCUCAAGGACCAAGUUUACAAAUGCGGCGUGCAGCAGUCUGAGCUGGUCGAAAGGUUGUCGUCCAUCAGCAACGAUCUUAUAACGCAAAAGGACCUACUAGCCAAUGUACAGCGGCUGGCCGCGGCAUUUGACGAAGGGCAAACGUCCAUCCGCCACGCAGCGAUCCUGAAAGCUCUCCGACCCUCGGUCCUGGACGCUCGCGAGGACGUCAUCAAGCACCAUCACCCGCGAACCUUUGGUUGGAUUUUGAACCUACACGAUGAUGGAGAGUCAUGUCGGGACAGCGGUUCUGACGAUGGCAGGGAGUCGUCUCGGGACAGCGAUUCUGACGAUGGCAGAGAGUGGUCUUGGGACAGCGAUUCUGACGGUGGCGGAAUCUGGACAACGCCCAUCGAGGAUCGCAUGCCUGAUGUCGGCUUUGUCAAGUGGCUGACGGAAGGAUGCGGCGUGUACCAUGUCGCCGGGAAGCCGGGCUCAGGAAAGUCCACGCUCAUGAAGUUUCUCGCAAAUGAGCCCGUCGUGCGUUCCCACCUCGAGAAAUGGGCCGCUUCUGCGGGCAAGAAGCUCGUUCUGGCCAAGUUCUUCUUCUGGAAGUACGGCUCGGACGACCAAAAGUCCGUCCGCGGGCUGCUCCGCGGCCUACUUUACGGCAUAUCGAGGGACAGCCCCUGCCUCACAAAGGCGCUGUUUCCCCAGCUCUGGGGAGAUGUGAAAAGCUGGCGGCUCCCAGAAGCGCGCGAGUUGACCCUCAACAGUUCGGAUAUCGCCGCCGCGUUCGAUAAGCUGCGCACCGAUGAGGGCAUCCGCCAACAGUUUCGCGUCUGUCUAUUCAUCGAUGGCCUGGACGAGUUCGAUGGGAAGGAUAUGAGUUACUCGAGCCUUGCCAAGCAAGUGAGGACCUGGACGGAUAGCCCCGAAAGCGGAAGCUUUAUCAAAGUCUGUGUGUCAAGUAGAGAGGAGCAUCCGAUCAUGAGCGCAUUCCCAGCGCCCCAGCGGAUUCACCUGCAAGAUCUGACGAGGAAAGAUAUCUCGUCCCUGGCCAGGAGCACCCUCGAGGGCUGUGAACCUUUCCUGGCGCUGCAUAAGGACGAUCAAGUCGCCUCCGAGGACCUGCUGAUUUCCAUCGUCGAUGAUGCUCAGGGUGUCUUCCUCUGGGUGGUCCUCCUGCUCAAUCUUCUCGAGGAUGAGCUCUAUUCGGGCAUCAGUUCCAUCUCUGCGUUACAGAACAUUGUGCGGUCGGUCCCGAAGGAGCUCGAAGACUUUCUCGGUCAAAUUCUGGAGUCGAUUCAUAACCAUCACCAGCACGGCGCCUAUUUCGUCCUGUCGAUGGCUCUCCGCGUGAUGGGUCAUCAUCUCAGCGACAAGGACUCAUUCGACAAGACGGAGCAGGGUAUCCAUGAGGAAAGGUUUCGACAUCCCGCCCCACAGUUCACGCACCCGUGGCAACCCAGUCUCCCCGUCUACGUAGUCGGAAAGGUGCUGGGCGAGUUCGAGAAGAGGAAUCACUCGUUCGAUACGUGGUCAUGGCCAAUGUCGAUCCCAGAUUUUCUCGCCGCCGCAAUGCCCGCCCAUGCCCACAAAUUUGGUUUCGAUGACGAGGACGUUGCUCGAGCCAUCCUGUGA